GUGCUUGGAACAUUAGAGGUGCAGGUAGUCAAAAAGCAGCUUGUGUUGGUUAAGGAGUUGAAGAACACACAUCAACUCCAUAUUCUUAUUCUAGUGGAAACUCAAGUUAGCGGCACAAUAGCAGAUACUGCCAUCCAAUCCUUUCCUUUCUCGAAAUCAUACCGCUCGGAAGCAAGAGGAAACUCUCUUACAUCUCUCUCUACUCAAUCCCAGGUUAUUCAUUUACUCGUUGAAGUUCCGAGAGCAUCAGCUUGGAUUUUGUUGGCAAUCUAUGCUAGCCCCAGACCCGUUGAAAGACAGAAUCUCUGGGAGGAACUGGUGGGCUUCUCUGACGCCUCUUCCCUUCCUUGGCUCCUCAUUGGGGAUUUCAAUGAAAUAUCUUCUUCUGCAGAGAAACUCGGAGGAACAAAUGUCCCACCUCGACGUUUGUUUCCUUUGGCUCGUAACAUCAACAAUUGUGGGCUAGUUUAUUUCACAUGGUGCAGGAGGGACUCACGCUACGGAAUCCUCCAAAAACGACUUGACAGGGGAGUUUUUAACACUGAUUGGCGCCUUCAAUUUCCCGAAGCGUCCAUUACUCAUCUUCCUCGCGUCAAAUCUGAUCACUGCCCCUUGUUGUUGCAAACUCAG